AUGCGUCUCAUCAAAGACAGAGGGCAUGGUGACCUAAUUCUGGUUGAAUUUCAGGAGGGUGAGAUUCCUUCUUAUGCCAUAUUGUCACAUACUUGGGCAGCGAACAAUCAGGAAGUCACUUAUCAAGACUUUCUCGAAGGUAAAUACAAGCAAAAGGCUAGUUGGGAAAAACUUGACUUCUGCAGAAAGCAAGCUGCUACUGAUAAUCUAGAGUACUUCUGGAUAGAUACUUGCUGUAUCAACAAGGAUAGUAGCUCUGAGCUCACUGAGGCUAUCAACUCCAUGUUUCGCUGGUAUCAAAAUUCAGUUAAAUGCUAUGUGUAUUUUUCUGAUGUUUCCACACGUAAGCGUAAGCAUGGCGCAACACGCAAUCCAUCAAACGCUGCAUGGAAAACCGCUAUUGGAGAGAGCAAAUGGUUUCGUCGAGGCUGGACGUUGCAAGAGCUAAUCGCUCCGGUAUCGGUGCAAUUCUUUUCACGAGAGGGCAAUUGGCUUGGUUGUAAGAGCUCGCUAGCAGAAAAACUUGAAGAGAUCACAGGAAUUGCAAUCGAAGCUCUGCGUGGUCGGUCUGUGACUAACUUUACGGUGGAGGAACGAUUUGGUUGGAUGAAGAAUCGUGAAACGAAGCUUCAAGAAGAUCAAGCAUAUUGCUUGUUAGGGAUAUUCAACGUGUCCAUGGCUGUCAUCUAUGGGGAAAGAAAGGAGAAGGCAAUUAAGCGCCUGCGGCAUGAAAUCGAUCAAUCCGAAGAGACCCAGAAAUCGUAUUACGGUCUCACAGAUCGACAAUCGCAAUCAGGACAGGGAGGACAUCGUAAGCUGCUCCUUGAGUCAUUGUGGUUCGAAGAUAUCCACAGCCGUGAAGAGAGGAUCGUUGAUGCUCAUAGAAGAACCUUUGAGUGGAUCUUCGAGCAAGCCGGAAGCGUAGCUCCAUGGAGCAAUUUUGUUGAGUGGCUCGGAAGCCAUGCAAGAGUAUAUUGGAUCAACGGCAAAGCGGGCUCCGGGAAAUCGACUCUGAUGAGAUUUCUUUGUAACGAUACCCGCACAAGAGAAUUUCUGAAAGUCUGGUCAGCAGAAAAACUACUACUGACACCUAAGUUUUACUUUUGGAUUGGUGGAACUCAGCUUGAGAGAAGCAUUGAGGGACUACUAAGAUCAUUGAUCUGGCAAAUACUGCAAGAAGUCCCUAGUAUUCAAAGCCCCUUUGUCAAGCAAGCCCCUAUCGCAGCUUGGACAGAACGGCGACUCAAGGAAAUGCUAGAAAAUUUGAUUCUACAAGUACAGGCAUCACAUUCUCUAUGUUUCUUUAUUGAUGGUUUGGAUGAAUAUACAGGAGAUCAAGACGCUUUGAUUGAUCUGAUCGACACAUUUGCUCGAGGCACGAAAGCGAAAUUUUGUCUAUCCAGCCGUCCGAAUCGAGUCUUCAAGGAAACAUUCGGACUUCAUGCGAAUCUCCAACUUCAAGACUUGACUCAAAAGGAUAUCCUUCACUACGUCCUUGAUAGAUUACAGAAUCAAUUAACUCGAUCUCGCCAAUUGACUGAAGAGAUAUUGCUCAAUCACAUGCGAAACGAAGUCUCGUGUUGGUCAGCGACAUCUUUAUCUUCGCUCGAAGAAAUUGCGUAUGACAUUCUGGUCAGGGCCCAAGGAGUCUUUUUAUGGGUUGUAUUGGCUGUGAAAGACCAACUAUGUGGGCUCAAAAAUGGCGACAGUCAACGACAGCUGCGAGCAAGACUUGCAGAUUUACCUAAUGAAGUGGAGAAAAUCUACCAGCGCAUGCUGAAUCAGAUAGAACUACCAUAUAGGAAAGAAGCAUCUAUGUUCUUGCAGAUUGCUCUCGCUGGCGGCCGCGGCUCAUCUUUACUAGCUCAUGCACUCGCCUUGCACGAGUAUGUGCAUGAUAUGCUUGGCUUCUUCGAACAGAUUCCGGAACAUGAUUUGAUUGAGUUCUCUUUCAGGGCUCGUGGCAGGAUUGCGUUGACUUGUGAAGGUCUCCUUGAAAUCACUGAUAAGCGUGAAGCUACCAAGAAUAAGAAUAAUACGUUUUUCUCACAAGAAGGCUCAGAUGGCAGCAUGAACGCUUCAGAUGCUGGUACGGAGGAUGAGUAUUCCGACGAACAGAUUUCAACAUCGAGGCCUAAGUCAAUGAACGAAGAUUCUAACCGUAGGAGCCAAGGUACAAGUAGGCCGAUUGAAGAGCAAGAUCGUGAGCCUAAAACUCAUGUAUCAGUUGAGGGAACAAAGAUGGCGCUGGAAAAUUUUGAUUCACUGGUCCAUGUUGAUUUCAUUCAUCGAACUGCUGUUGAUUAUAUCCGUGAUCACGAAAAAGGGAAGGCUUUUAUCCGAGCAAACAAUCCUCCCAGAUUUCAUCGCCAUGUACAUCGUGCCAAGGUGUCGCUUGCUAGACUGCGGCUUUUUGGACCGGAAAGCGAUGAUAUAGAAGGAGUUAUGUUUGAUAUUUGGCUGGCUGAGCAUGAGACUGCGGUUGCGCAACCGGGCUUGUUGAACAUGCUAGACAAUAUUAUGUGGAAACUUGACCAUCGCUACUAUGGACACAAAGAAACUCAUUGGUCAAGUCGAUGGAAACGUCUAUGUAUGAAACAUAAACCAAACCUCGAGGUUAAUUGUAGUCAAGAAUCAUUUACAAGAUAUUCUCGCAACGAUUUAGGCAACGAUGAAACAAUCAAGCAACUCAUAAUCCAAGAAGGCCAGUGGACAGAUGACAACGAAGCAGAAGUAAUGCUUAGAAUGGAUUGGAGUCUGUUGUCGUUUGCAACUUCAUGCGGAUUAACACAUUAUGUGCUACAUAUACUUGAGAGGCGUAUCGCGCCAAUCAAGUCUAGCAAAGCGAAUUGUCUCUUGUCCACGACUGUACUGUCAAUCAUAUUGGACGACCCGCAGCGAACCUCUGGAAGUCUCCAUCUGGCAAUGGAGUUAAUACGUACAUACGGAGCUGACGUGAACAGCGUGAUAGCUGUUGGCGUGACAAUUUGGUCUUUGUUCUUGACUAGUGCACAUAUUAUCCACUUAUAUACAAGUCUGCAUCACUUCGAUAUUUUCUUUCCAGAAAACAGUAUAGUAACAUUGUUGGACACUCUGAUGGUAGCCAUGAGUCUCAUGAUCGAAAGAGGUGCCGACUUAGGACACAGAACACGCGUUGGGUUUUAUUUCAAAUUGCAUCACAUGCAGCUACAACCAAAAAGCCUUUGUUGCCACUACGAAAUGCAUCUAACAGUUCGUUCAAUGGUCCGACUAUGCUUUAUGGAGUUCUCAGACACGUCUCGCAUUGAGCAAAUGUGCCACCCUUACGGCUCAGAUUCGUUGCAAAUUCAACUAUAUGAAGGCACCUAUCCGCAGGCGUCUGGCGUCAAAAUCGAGACACAUGUCUUGUCACAGGAGGAGUCUGAUACUCUGCUUAAAACGUACCAUAGCCUCUUAGUAGCGUUCAACUCAGACGGCAAGUCAAAGGCUUUGUCACCAUCUAAUGAGAGGCAAAUAGUAUCGCAUUUCAUCAACAAGGUUUGGCGGCGUUAUAUGGAAGACGGCGAACCUCUCGGACUAUCCGCGUUACAGAUCUUGGUCGAUGGGAUAACAGCAUACGGAGCUCCAGUACUCUCAGAGCGAGACUCUUAA